UCUAAAGAAAAUGAGCUUCAUUGUAGCAUUCGUUUUAGUGUUGAAUUUGGCAACAUCAGUCUUUACACAAGAAUCAGAUAGAUCAGAAGGACCGCCAGCUCGAGAAAAUGUUUUUGUAAAAUUAUUUCCCGAUUGCAAAGUAUUUUUUGAUGCAAUGGACAAUAAAAUCGGAGAGUUGAUGGACAAAGACGAAAUAGGAUACCAAACCUGCAAAGAUCCGGAUUAUCCAAAGGCGUGCUUCAAAGCUGAUGCGAUAAAAACUCGAUGCGCCGUCUCUGAAAUGCCCUCUGAAAAAUGUAUGGCUCAGAUGAUUGCCUUUGUUCAAGCAGACGUUUGCAAUUUAUGAAGAGAGUGAACUAUUUAUCGGUGAAUGUCAGAACUUGUACAAUAAAACUGU